AUGGAUAAUAUUAAAGAGGGCACAGUGCCAUUCAGCAUUUCGCAAAUCGGUACGACAUGCCAAACCUACUACAAGAUUGUAGGAAAUUUAUCGAGCAAAUCCCCUCGGCUAGUCAUUCUGCAUGGUGGUCCAGGCACUGGCCAUGAGUAUCUUCUUUCUUUCAGCCGCCUGUGGCUAGAUUUUGGUAUUCCUAUCGUCUUUUAUGACCAAAUUGGAUGUGCCGCUUCCACCCAUUUACCUGAGACUGCAGGAGAUGAAACCUUCUGGCAGGAAAGCCUUUUCUUGGACGAGCUGGACAAUCUACUUGAUUUUCUCCAGCUUCGAGAUGGCCCAGGCUAUCAUGUUCUUGGUCACAGCUGGGGUGCCAGACUUGCGGCCGCUUUCGCCACUACACAUCCUCGGGGGUUACGACGACUGGUCCUCGCUAGCGGUAUAGCCAGCACUGCGACCGGUACAGAGGGUGUUCGAAUUCUCUGUAGGCAGUUACCCUCUGAUGUGCAAAUGGCACUCAAUGAGGAGGAGCAGAAGGGUGAUUUUGACAGCGCCCGAUUCAGAAAUGCAAUGGAUGUGUUUUAUCGAAACUUCUUCUGUCGUGUGGACCCUUUUCCACCCAAAGAGCUUCUACCCGCCUUCAAACACAUGAGCGAAGAUAAGACUGUUCGAGGAACAGUAGCAGGGCCAUCGCCUCUGAGCUGCACAGGCUCCUUCCGGAACUGGACCUGCAUUCCUCGCCUGCACCGCAUUGCCGUGCCGACGCUUUUGUAUAACGGCGAGUUCGACAGUUCCCACGAUAUAGCCAUAGUGCCCUUUUUUGAGCACAUCCCUUGCGUGCGAUGGUUUACAUUUCCCAAUGCCGGGCAUAUGUGCCAUCUGGAGCGACCGGAACUUGCAGCAAAGGUCUUCAAGCUUGUUGGGAAAUUUUUGAUGCAGGAAAGCUGA